UCCCAAUACUCUUUUGGAGCUAGGGGUAGGGCUAAGACGAAGGGGUAUACACCCCUUAAAACCAAGUAAGAUCAGGGCCCGUAUCUUUAAAGAAUUUUUGUGCAAAAAGUGGCUCCUAGCGGCCAAAUUCUAAGAAAAUUCUCAGAGGCAUGACGUUUUCUUAGAAUUUCCCCUAAAAGUGACACGACAAUCCCAGUUAAUAUAAAAGCUAUUCCUCAAGAGUCCUAGCGCUUAAAAGGGCUCUUAAGGCGAGAUCUGCUUAGAGCAGGGAAGAGGACUUUUAGUGGCUUAGGAGUUACCCUAAGCAGCUGCACAAAAUGGCCAACAGAGGAGUCAGGAGAGAUGUCCUGCAAACACUGGAUGACAGGGAAUUAUUGAGACGCUACAGAUUGGAUCGUGCAGGAAUCAUGUUUGUGGUGGAUCUCCUUAGAGAUGAAAUUACUUCACCAACUCGAUGCCACAACGCUAUUACACCGGAGAAGAAAGUAAUCACAAGCCUGAGGUAUUUGGCAACAGGGAAAAUGCAACAAUGCAGCAGUGAUGACUUGGGUCUGUCCCAAUCCUCCGUCAGCAGUCAUCACCCAAACACUGACAGCUUUGUCACAACCUAAUAUUGUGACACAAUUUGUUUAAUUCCCGCUGGAUGCCCGCACUUUACACACACAUAAAAGGGAAUUUAUGGACAUUGCAGGAUUCCCUGCCAUUGUGGGUGUAAUUGAUGGAACACAACUCUGAUGGCGCAGAAUAAUUGCGCCAUCAGAGGACGAGGCUGUCUUUGUUAACGGGAAGAAUUUCCACAGCAUAAAUGUGCAAAUAGUGUUCAAUGCGGCCUGUAAGAUCUUGGACAUUGUGGCUAAAUGGCCAGGCUCCACACAUGAUGCGAGAAUGCUCUCCGUGAGUGGCAUCAGACAGCUUUUUGAGAGACGCUAUGUGCCAGCUAAUUGCCACUUGUUAGGGGACAGUGGCUACCCAUGCAAACCAUGGCUCCUUACACCUUACCUCCAGCCACGCCAAGGGCCCCAACUAAACUAUAACAGGGCCCACAAGACAAGAGCGGUGGUGGAGCGUGGCAUAGGCCAGCUUAAGAGGCACUUUCAUGUUCUCCACGGAGAGGUGCGGCUGAGGCCUGAAAGAGUCAGCAAAGUCAUCAUAGCCUGUGCAAUAUUACACAAUAUUUGCAAGGUUAGACAGAUUGCAGAACCUCUGGAGGAUGGCGAUGAGGAUGGAGACAACGAUGAGGAUGGUGGUGAACAAGAUAUUCACAUUCAACAGGGGAACCUAGCCCAGAGUGGACUGCCUUACAGGGCAAACUUCACAAAUUUAUAUUUCAGGUAUGCUGCCGGAGCAGGUGCUGCGGAUGGGAAUGGUGUUUGAUCCGCCGGGCUAUCCUGAGUAGCAGCUACAGAUGGUUCAGACGGCAAUGUUGUCGGCAAACUUGAUGGGCCCGGUUCUUGUGAUGGCUUCAUGCUACAGAAAUACAUAGGCCUAGUUUAAUUAUUGUUUUGAUUAAAUUAAUUUAAUACAAUGAGCAUGGAUAACACAUGAAAUGGCUUCUGC